UGAAUUAUCAUUGGCUCAAAAAAACGACAUACAAGCGCAUUAUAAAUUGGUGCGAAAAAAAACCGUCACAACAGUCGUUCCUUACCGCUGAAGUAGGUCCAUUGGAGAUAACUCAUACUUCUGAAUUGAUUAACGUCAACAUGAAAGGUUUUAUCUUGCUGGUGCUGGGAAUAGGCCUUCUACAUACAGCAUCUGCUGCCACCCAUUCUCUGAAAUACUUCUACACGGCAGUCUCAGGUGAUAUCGACUUCCCAGAGUUCACUGUGGUGGGUCUGGUAGAUGAAGGACAGUUCAUGUACUUUGACAGCAACACAAAGACUGCAGUCCCCAAGACUGAGUGGAUGAAGAAGAGUGUGGGAGCAGAUUACUGGGACAGACAGACUCAGAUUGGUAUUGGUGCCCAUCAAAACUUCAAAGCCAACAUUCAAGUGGCAAAGGAUCGCUUCAACCAGUCCAAGUCCACAGGUAUAUGUGCACACAGACAGUCAAACGGUCAAUGCUCUUUCUCACACAAUGAUUUAUUGUGAUGUGCAUACAGUCUA